AUGAAGUCGUUAAAUAAUGCUAUCGAACAACCUCGUUGUGGUAGAGUCGGCCACAGCGAGGUAGGUGUUGACUCGGACAUGGGCGGGAAACCGGAGCAAGUGGGAGAAUACCCCAGAAAUGCUCCGGCCGCAUCGGGGGCUCUUAACGAGACCCUGGCCAAAAUAGGGUGGUCUGUAAGGGAACAUAGAGCCCUUACAGAAGCCUUUAAAGAAUUCUGCGCCAACUUGCCCCCAGGACGAGUACAGGGGGCAAGGUGGGUGCGGUUCGUAGAGACGACGUGGGAAAACUUAAGGAGUGUGCAAGGGUUCCCCCGGCGUACGGUCAAGUCCCUAAAAGAGCACUUUUAAUCUUACAAGGGAUCGGCAAAUAGUUGCACCCUGCUUUCUUAACAAAACCUAUAUCAUUUGAAAAAGCGUUAAAAAUAGUACACAGCGCAAAAAAAAUUAGCUGCCCAAUAUAUGUUUGCGCAAAGUUAUGGCCAAACUACAGAUUUUAGCCUAAUUUCCGCCUCACUUUAUAAGCUCUUCGAAUUGCAACGGAGUUGUGUCCAGUUGGCCGAGUGUAAUACCACAAAACCGUGGUAUGUUGACAGUUUUAAACAAUUUUUGUUCCUUCACAGACAAAAUCCAUAUUUACGGAAUUUUUCGGAGUUUUUGGCUUUUUUCGAAACGACCACAAAUUUUAUGGUGAUGAGAGUGGGGUUGCCACUGUCGUAUAAUUACCAGGGUGUCAUGCCAGAAGCCUGACCGAUUAUAAUUACUGGACGAUAAUUCAAUUUACAAGGACAUAUAAAUAAAUUUUUUCGAAAAAAUACCAAGAGAAAAUUGUAUAAUAAAAUCGGCUAAAAACACUAUUGCUGACACAGUGGACCAAUCGUUGGUAAGGCUAGGACAUACAAAAUUUUUGAUUUUGAGAUUUUUGUUUGUAAAUGACCACGAUGAUCAUAUAAAUGUAUUUACAAUUCUUUUUGCUCCAAUUUUCCCAUUAACCUUGUUUUAUUUACAAUUUUUUGUAACUAGCAGUAAUGUCUAAUAACUCAUAACCGAUGAAUGGUAAAUCCAUAAAACGUCCGUGAUAGCGUUUUGGGAUGCUAAGAAAUCAAUGGAAACGAUUUCAGGCCGCUAGGAUUACUGUAACAUAAGAAACCGGCGCUUUGGCCGCAUAUGACCCCUUUCAUAAAACGGCCGUAACUUUGCCCAAACAUAUAUUGGGCAGCUAAUUUUUUUUGCGUUGUACACUAUUUUUAACGCUCUUUCAAAUGGUAUAUGUUUCGUUAAGAAAGCAGGGUGCAACUGUUUGCCGAUCCCUUGUUACAGAUUCAGGGUGCUCAGGUCUCAGACCGGGGAAGUGGACGAACCGGAGACCCGCUCGAUAGACGAUAAUGCGCAUCAGUCUAACGAGCGAGAUUUAGUUCGACUGGAUUUAUCGUAGUUCCAGGCGAACUACGACAAAUACAAGUCUUGCAAACUUGGCAAAUGGCCCAAGAUUGUGGUCAAGGCUACGUGCCCCACGCAUAUAAUGAAGUGGGGAGAGCAAGGUGCUCAAAAUUGCAAGCCGGGCUGGCAAAACAAACCUCGCCAGAACAACCCGGCUGCUAUACUAUUGGCUUCGCGAUAGACGAAUUCUUCCACGAGCAAACGUUGCUUGCUAAGUGGAAGGACAACGUCUGGUUUGAGCAGCGGGAAGCAGAAGCCAAAAGUAUAAGAAGGUACAUGUCGCUGAUCAAUGACGAGAUCAUAAGGCGCCAUGCCAAGCAACGCCCCACCGGAAGGCAUCCUUACUAUACUACAAUGUUUUGUAGUAUAGUAAGGAUGCCUGUACAAUGUUUUGACCCUCCUCCUAACUUGGCCCAAAGUGGACCAAUUGGGAUCAAAUUUGGUAUGUAG